AUGAAGAUACUACUCAUGGAUAUGAUGCAAGAUCGAGAGGAUGAGCAAGACGGGGAGGAUGAGGAGGAAGAUGGUGAUUUCAUAGAUAGUGAGUAUGUUGUAACUGAAGAGCAAGAUUAUGAGUAUAAAGAACCAAGUGAGGUUGAGACUGAUGAUUAUAAUACAUCAGACUUAGAUAGUUUGCAUAAAGACAAGGAAGAUGAAGAUGGCAAGAAGAGAGGUCUUAGGCAACCAAAAUUCAAGCAAUACAAUAAACAACAUGACUUGUUAGAUCCAAAAUUCCACUUGGGGAUGGAGUUUCCUAAUAUGCAGGAAUGUAUAGAUGUCAUUAAGUACUAUGUAUACAAUCUUCUCCUCUCUAGCUCUUUCUCUUCCAAUGAAUUGAUUCACCUCUUCAACCGACGUAUGACAUGUAUAGCACGCUCAGACAUUUUGGGGUCCUUCUAA